GGUCAGCAAGUCCUGGGACCUGAUCGCCCCCAUCGCGACAAUGCUAACAUGGCCGAGCGCGUUUUCGAUGCUGCUCGUCAGCAUGGAGCCGAAACGCUAAGUGGAAGUGGCGCAUCUCCGCAAGCUCCUUCACGUACUCGUCGCACUGGUGUGCGUCUAGGUGACUCUGUCACUCCGGUAGUGGACGGAUCAAGUAGUGGAGAAAGCGACGCAAAUGAUGAUGAAGAGGUUGUCGUUGAACUAUUUAUGUGGGAGAACGGGUUUUCGAUUGACGACGGACCACUGCGUGCAUUUGAUGAGCCUGGGAGUCGGCAAUUUCUUGAAAGCAUCAUGCAGGGACGUGUCCCUCCAGAACUACUAGCAGCACAUCCUCGCCGUCGCAUUGAUUUGCGAAUGCAAAGAAAAGCGGGACCGUAUGAACCACCAAAACUGAAGCCUUUCCAGGUUAGGUGCUAUGGUAUUUCGUAG